ACAUAUAUUACAUGCUUUAUAGUGUGUGUGCCUUUUUAGUUAAAAUACUUUUCUGUUAUUGGUCAAGACGGAUCAACCGUCUCUGUGCACUUGUCUGCUAUUGGUUAAGGCAGAAAUCCCGCCUACAUCAUUUCCACGAGAACCGGCUUCCGGUAAGUCUGGAGGAAAGCAUGGCAGCUAUCGGCGUGCAUUUUGGAUAUACAUGCGCUUGUGUUGCAGUAUUCAAGGAUGGACGGGCUGAUGUGGUGGCCAAUGAUGCAGGGGACAGAGUCACUCCAGCUGUUGUGGCAUACAGAGAAACUGAACAGAUUGUUGGUAUUGCAGCGAAGCAGGGCAGAAUAAGGAACGCUGCCAAUACUGUGGUGAAAGUGAAGCAGAUUCUUGGCAGAUGCUACGAUGACCCAGAGGUUUGUGUACACAGAGAUGAAAGCAAAUGUACAGUUGUCAACAAAAGGGAUUUGCCCAUGUACGAACUUGACACAGGGGAGACGACCAAGUUUGUGUCCCCUGAAGACGUAGCCACAUUGAUUUUCCACAAAAUGAAAGAGACUGCUCAAUCAGCUUUGGGUUCUGACAUUAAAGACGCCGUCAUCACUGUGCCUUUUGAGUUUGGUGAAAUGCAGAAAAAUGCACUGAGGAACGCUGCAGAAGGAGCCGGAUUCAACGUCCUCCGUUUGAUUCACGAACCCUCCGCCGCACUCUUGGCCUACGGCGUCGGCCAGGACUGUCCAUCAGGGAAGAGCCACGUGCUGGUGUAUAAGCUCGGCGGCACAUCGCUGAGUGUAACGGCUCUGGAGGUGAACAGCGGGAUGUACCGAGUGCUCGCCACACACACUGACCACAGUACUGGAGGAGAGAGUUUCACACAGGCGCUGGCUCAGUAUCUGGCAGGAGAGUUCAAAAAGCUGUACAAGCAAGAUGUAAGUGGGAAUCUGAGGGCGAUGAUGAAGCUGAUGAACAGCGCUGAUGUAGCCAAACACAGUCUCUCUACCCUGGGAAGCUCCAACUGCUUUGUAGACUCGCUCUACGACGGCAUAGACUUUGAGUGUAACGUGUCCAGAGCACGCUUCGAGUUGAUUUGCUCAAACCUGUUCAGCAAGAGCAUCCAACCAAUCAGAAAACUCCUGGAGCAAGUUAACCUCUCCACCUCAGACGUCAACAAGGUGGUCCUGAGCGGAGGCUCAGCACGGAUUCCCAAACUGCAGCAGAUGAUCAAAGACUUGUUCCCAGACGUGGAGCUGCUCUGCUCGAUUCCUCCAGACGAGGUGAUCCCGGUAGGUGCAGCCAUGCAGGCGGGAAUCCUGGUAGGCAAAGACAGCCUGGACAUGGACGAGGACUCCAUCACUGUGGACUGCUGUGCCAGUGACAUCCUGGUCAAGGAAGUGGACGACUCUGGCGCGGACGUCUUCACCAUUUUGUUUCCAUCAGGCACGCCCCUCCCUGCCCGUCGCCAGCACAUGCUACAGGGUCCCGGCAGCCUGGAGUCGGUGUGUCUGGAGCUGUACCAGGCCCAGAAACCUUUAGCACAGAUUGUUCUUAGGGACCUUGAACCUAAAGAGGAAAUGCAUGAUAUCAUCACAGUGGUUACAAUGAAGAGGGACGGUUCAAUCCACGUCACUUGUACUGAGCAAGGCAGCGGCAGAUCUGAGGCUGUUACUAUAGCAACAGCCGCAGCGGCGUCGUAGGAAACCUUCAUACGCUCGUGUUGUACUAUAUUAACGUUUAAACCACAGCAGCUGUAAUACACGGGCUCUGUAGAAACCUCUGGGCAUUCCAAAAACAUGAUCACGUGAUCCCUCGAUAGAAAUAUAUUUGUUUUUAUGUUGUUGUUUUUUUUUGUCCAUUAAAAAUCUUUAUAUGGAAUUGUAAAUAUAGCUUAAAAUAUCUUAAACACCAUGUGAUGCUUGAUUGAUCAGAGAUUGGGGGGAAAAAGGCAAAAUAUAAAGUCAUAAAACAUAAAUAAUUGCACCCUUUUGUAAACAAUGUUAAAAACAACUAGAUUUCAAUAAUUUAGUUUGAUUUAAAACAAUUUUCUGCCAACAACAAUGCAAUUUUAUCAGUCAUGUAUGCGAAACUAACGUUUAAAAAGAAAUUUGUUUACACAAGAAA